AUGCCAUCUUGGGACCCAAGGAGCUAUGUUACUGAGGCACUGUCGCGCCACAUCACGACGGCUGCGCGGCAGACGAGAACAUCUAGCCCUCCUUCUUAUUAUGAAGCUGUUGCUAACCAUCUUCAAUCCCAUGAGGACUCGGAGUCAAUAAAAACCUCGCUGGAAGAGCAGUCGGAGCGGAAUGCGGAUACUGUUGUCACCGUUUUUGGAAAGCCACUCUUGGUUGUUUUCAACCCUCGGGACAUGAGAGGUGUCUGCAAUGUAAGGUGUGGUGUUGAAGAAGUCAUAGACAAUGCGGUCAAGGUCGUGGAGAAAAUUAGGUCAGAAGUCUCACGACAUAAUAAGAAUGGCGGAGAAGCCGUAGUUUCACAGGAACUCUUCUCAAUUCUAACCCGUGUUCGGGAUGUGAGCUUGUUGGUGAAUAACUUUUUGGAUCCCACUUCUGAAGAGGAAUGCGCAUCUGCGGCAACACGUUGGUACUCAGACAUGGGGAAAGAACUAGUGCUUACUGAGAAUUUUGGAGUGCAGUGGCCAAAAAAACUGGAUCUGUACCUCGAUAGCUACAUGGAGGCCUGGUUUGUGGAUCAAAUUACAACUGGUUUGAGUGAACUGAAAGAAUUGUUGGGGGGACUAGUGACCUAUGAAGGGUAUUCCAGAGUGUUUGGCGUUCCACGAGAAAGUGAAAUGUGGAAGGCUGGUGUAUGUGGAGUGGGUGUAGACUGCGAGAAAAGAUACCUUGGAUCUGUGGAUUUGGAUGAUGAGCGUCCUGCUGUCUCAACUUACUCUGUGCCAGAUUGUAGUUCCGAUCCCUUUGGAAUGCAAUGUGCUACUGCAAUCUGUCAAUCAGUGGUUGUGGCACAUUCUCUUGCUAGCAUUCUUGCUGAAUGUGCUAACAGUAAAGCCGCAUUGCAUUUUGUGCAUGAAUGGCGAAAAAGGGUCAAUCCCUGCGGAAAAGAGUUACUUUUCGGGUUUUCGCUUUUUUUUGGGAGUGGUAAAACCAUUUCUGAUUUAACCGAUACCACCGUGGGUGAAAAUGAUGCUGUCCGGCUUCAAAUUUAUGAUAAUCAGGCCCAAAUUGCUCAUGCUUACAAACAAAUCGAGCGGAGGAUAAGUUAUGAAGAAUAUGCCUUGAAUGCCGUGAUGAGAAGUAGAUCUGUUGAUGGGGCUCAUCUUAUAUGCGAAAAUCGCAACGUGCAGCUGGAGAAUCAAAUGAAAAAGUGUUUUUCUGUACUACCUACGGCGUGUGUGGCGGCGUCAUACGUGGGGUAUGGUGGUGGCGUGUGCGUCUCCAUCGUGAACUCAGUGGAAUACUCACGAGGAGACAAUAAAUGUACGCUCGCUUUGGUGCAGAACUCACCGCUGUAUAACUAUGUGUUUGCAGCCGGAUCGAAAUUAACGUUGAAUUUUUUGCCUUCUGAUCAAGAUGCGAUGUAUGAAAGUAUAAUUAGUAACUAUCCUUCAUGGAUUAAUCAAAAUGGAAAUGAAGCAGUUUUUUUUGAAUGUCAAGGGGAACGCUGUGUUACUACCAAUGCUCUCAAAAUGAAUUCCACACAAGCUGUUUUUGUUACUUUGGAAUCGUCUUUGGUUGGUGAGCAGCUGUUUGUUCUGGGCCAACUGCUGGGCGAAUACCCACAUAACACGUUGUUGAGGCGCGGGAACUCAUAUGUUCUCCCAAAAUGUAUAUCCUGUGAAAAAAUAUGUCCUUUUAUUUAUACGACUAUUCAUAAACUCUACGGCACCGUUGGUCUUGUUGGACGUGGAUGCAACAUGUGCAGUUUGAAUCCACCCAUCAUUUCAAUUUGUUGUCCGUCCGAAUCCUGUAGUAUUGUUUUGGAUGAGAAAAAUACUGGGCCCCAAUGUGUUAUUACGUUUUUCUCGCAAACUGGAGCUUCUAUAUUCCUUGGGAAGAGUUAUGACGAUUUACGAGGCAACAUUCCAGUUCCAGCAAGUAGUGUUAUGUCAAUGCACCCUGAUAACAUUGCGUUUCACAUCAAGGGUAGAGUUGUUCAAGCUCUUCCAGAGAGCUUUGGAGAUGACGUCAUAUGCAUGGUGGCAGUCACCAGUAUCAUUUCCUUCAGUGGAGAUCCAGUGAUACUAAGUGCUUCUACUGAAAAAAACAUUCUUGAUGUGGUUUGA